AUGGAAGUUCCAUACCCGGACCAUAGGAGGCCGCUUUACUUGGAGGGACAGAUCAAUGAUGUGUUCAUAAGAAGAGCUUUGGUGGACACGGGUUCCUCUGUCAACAUAUUACCUCUGUCUGUGCUUACGGCAGCUGGUAUCCCAUUGUCCAAAAUUGUCCAAUCACAAACAAACAUCAGUGGUUUCGGGAAUAAGAGUGAGGUCACAGUCGGGCAUCUACAAGUACACUUGAAGGUUGGGCCAAUUCGGUCACUUACUAAGUUCUAUGUCGUGGAUGUGGAUGUGGCUUACCAUGCUUUGCUUGGAAGGCCAUGGCUCAACAAGCAUAAGCUUGUGGUCUCUACCUAUCAUCAAUGCCACCUUUUCAACAAAGAUGAAGCUCACUACUCUGAAGCAGAAUUCUACACUGAAUGCACAGGUGCUGGAAGCAAUCCAUCCAAGGAUUUCGGGACCUACCUUCCUUCAUGGACUGAAAUUCGUGAUUUAAGCAAUGAGGAGCUCAUCACCAUUGUCGAUCGAGAGAGAAAGAGGCACUCGGAAGUCAACAACCAUGCCUAUGAUCAUCCCCAAUGCUCAAAGGUGACGCUGCCCGAUGGACGUAUCGUGUACCGCUUAUGA